UAUCAAUUCACUUUCUUUUAAGGUUGAAUUUUAUUUUUACUUGGCGCCAUAACAUUGCAAGGCUGAAAUAGACACGAAAUAGGCCUCCCAAGAGAUCUUACUCUUUCACAAAGAAAACAAACACAGCAACGACUACUAGAUCAUAUCACCACAGCGAUGUGUAUGUUCAGGCUCACGACAUACGAUAAUUGUUGGGCACAAUACAGGCAUGUAUUGAUCUGCCCCGUCGGAUCACACACUAGUAACGAAUUUAGUCCUCUUGGAGAUCAUGUCGAAUCGGCAUUGAAAUGUCCCAACUUGAAAACCGAGCAUAUCCACAUCGGACACUCAAGAUGCAGUUGCAAAAGUCAUCCAAGUCAAGAAUUCGAAAUUGUCUGCGAAAGAAUGUGGGGUGGCGACUUUUUUGGAGAGGUUAAUUGUACUUUACUGCCAGGUUCAGCUGCACGAUUUGAACUUCGCAACCGACAGUGGACCAAUUGCACCAACGUUGAUAUGCUACUCAGAGGCGGAGAUCGCUUUGUACCCGAAAAUCACGUUCCCGGUGCUCAAGAAUGGAAUGAUCGUGAGUGGGAUGGAGCCAGCAAGGUGGUAGAUUGGAGAGAUAAAGAUUGGGUCACGUUGGCCGAACAGGGAAAAGACACCCGUGGUCAAAACAUGGUGAUGGAGGAAGGAGCUAUGUCUACUGAGAGGAGUCAGGCUUACAAGGAUGCCCAACUGGCGAAGAACGAAAUAUUUUCGGUCGAUCAUAAACUGACUAGACAGGUCAACACAGCAAAUCACUAUGCUGGCAAUAUUAGUGAUGCUGUAGCCAAGUGGAGACAACUAAAGGAUCAGAGAGAAACCGCAGCAAAUGGUCAAUAUAUGCCUCCUUUGCAACCAAGCGUUGGUCAGCCACGAUACCAGAGACAAGCUUCAAUUCCAAUCAUUGAUCAACCACGACAUAUAAGACACUUUAAAGCACAACCAGGCCAUGAAGCUCAACAUAAUGUUGAAUCGCCAUCAGCUUCAGCUUUUGGCACAUCACCAGUUGUCUUAUUUGGCUUGGAAAAGAUGUCUGUUUGGGAAGCAGCACAUUUACGGACAGAAGAAAGAAAAAAAGAGACGAGUGCGAAUGUCCUAACACCAGUACCUGUUCCACUUGGACCGAGGACUUUGUCUAUUCGGGAGCUGGCACGAACUCUAAAAGAGAAACAGGAGAAGGAAAGGAAGGGGCUCGGAGCACAAUCAGACAACUACUUGCAAAGUCCAAAGAAUCUUAUUUCUGCUGAAACUAGAAGCGCAAAGGGUGAUGGGCACAGUAUGGAUCACGCGAAUCAAGCUGCGAACGUGGAAACACGAUUACCUGCUGCACGGGAAGUUUCUUUGACUUCUGCCCAUACAGUUCAAAGCUCACAAGACAAACGCAAGAGGGAACGAGAGGAGAAGAGAAACAAAUUUCUGCAGAAUACAUACAACCAGCGAGUUGCCAUUCGAGAAAACAAUUUGAACAAUCAAACGCAAGAAUCUGCCCAGUCUGCUCAAGAUAGUACCCAAGACUUCAGUAUGCAUAUACAUGCAGAGGAAAAUAAUGCAUCAUCAACCAGUGCACCGCUUUCUGCACGACGGAAUGGAAUGCCCGAAUUUGUGGUUCAUCAGGACUACAACACUACUCUACCAGAGUCUGAUGAUAGCAACUUGAACUUCAACAAUUAUCCUUCAAUUAAACAACUCGCUGAAGGGACUGAAAUGUCAGUUUCGCAAAAAUUCUCACAUCCUGGACGCGAGGACUUCUUGACACCUCGUCAGCUAAGCCACAUAUCAAGACACCAGGCAAGGCUUUCAGACCCUAAAUCUGAUCCUCGUUGGAAUCUAAGUAAGACUAAGUUGCGGGCUGAAAGAAGAGCAAUCAGAAAGGUCCAAGAGAUUUCGGAACAAUCGAAGAUCCCAUUCGAGCAGGGAGAAAUAACACAUAGUAUUUUACAGGCUCAGAUCUCGCCUGAUAUCCUUCCGCAAGAGUCAAGCUAUUUACAAGAACGACCCGAAAGAACUGCUAUGAGAAAGCUUCAAGAGAUCGAAGAACAGUCAAAGAUACAAGGCAACAGAAAUAAGCGAGAUAUUCUAAACGACCCAGAUCAGCUUGAUGCCUUUCUACAAGAUUUCACAUUUUCACAGCAAGAGAUCGUUCGGGAUAUAUGGAUGAAGGAGAAAGACAAGGUUGAUGAAAAGUAUCUCAAACUUUACGGCAAAAGCGUGACUACUAGUGGAGAAGUUGCAAGUAGCUCUCAAUCAGGUAGCAGAAGAUUUAAGCAUGCAUAUAAACAUGAAGACGGCGGCAAGGAUAGUUGCGAUAGCGAGUCCGAUGCAGAGGCAUUACUUCCAGGCCACGAUGGGUCUUCAUGUACAUGGGAACAGUCACGUCCUUCUAAAUUAUCCAGGUUCCUCAAAUCGAAGCGCGAGAACGAGUUGAUGGUAGCUGUACUUAGUGAUCAAGACAAAUUGGAGACAUAUUUGCAGAAAUUCACAACUGGCCAACAAGAUCUAGCUAGAGAAAGCUGGUUUGCGGUACUACACUUAGCAGAUCGCCGCUUGAAAAAGGUUCUGAGCCAGAUUAGCUUGGUUGCUGCCGAUAAUGGUGAAGUGAAUGAUAUCGAGGGUGACGUUGAUACGUUACGGACAGAGGGGUACGGAUAUUUAUACUGCUUUAGAUGAACAUGAAAGCUCACAUAUUUUAGUAAGAACACCCAAAGCAAGGUACGAGUAAAGCUGGCUCGAAAGUGAGGGAAUUAAUCUACACCUAUUGCACUCCAUUUGUGUUCGCUAACAAAAAAAAGGUUCGAUCAGAAGGUCAGGGCACUGGAGCGCAAAUCCAAGCGUCGGGAAGACCAGAAAAUUCGUGAAGGGCAGAAAGGACAGAAGCAGCAGACGUUCAUUCAUGGCGAGAUACUCAAAGAGCAAGUGCAAGCUGGUGAAGACAGUAACCUCUCAAAUCAUACUGAUCAUGUGGAAAUCGCAAAUAGCCAACAGGAAACAAUUAUCAAUUCACUCGAGUACCAAGCAACAGGAGACGCUGCAGCGUCUUUUGACAAAACUGACAAUGAGUCACAUCAAAAAACAAAGAGAAAAGAUCAUUACUCCCGUCUUUAUCCUGAUAUGGAUGAUAAGAAGAGAAAGUCUGGCGAAGAUAAGCUCGAAGUCGAGAGUCAGGAGGCACUUAAUAAGCGAACGAGGGAUCUCUACUACGCUGGUCUAAUUCCAAGCAUGGGUGCCGAGCUUCAAAUCGAGAACCAUGAAGAUCAGAAUAAACAUAAACUACUGAGAUCCGGGAAUAUCCACGGUCCGCCGAUUGUAAAUGAUGAGGUGUCUGGGGGGCGGAGAAGCUUCCGGAGGGAGAAAGUAUAUCUAACAAGGUAUAUAUCUUACUGGUUUUUGAAUAACAACGUUCCGCGCUGACAUUUGAUGCUAGGAUAAAAGCGUUGAGAGAAGCAAGCGGAAGCAGCGAUGUUACUGAUCCGAAGUCUGUCAAGAUCCCAUCCUCCUUCCAUGGGUCUUAUGGAACAAAGUUUCCCAAGACGUCAGAGGAAACUAAAACGGAAUUCCGCAACAGAAAAUUUGCUGCAUACGUCAAGAGUGACGAAUAUCCAAAGAAGCAAUCAACUACAGCAGGUAUUAUGGAUAGCACAGUGGCCUCUAUACCAUUGGAAGCGAGCGAUGAUGACGAUUUGACGGAUGUUGAUUCUGGUAUGUUCAACCCCUAAUGAAAGAAGAAGCAUGAGAGCUUAUGAUAUACUCAACAGAAGUAGACAUGUCAAUGACAACUAGUAAAGGUGACAUGCAUAAUCAGAAGCAGAAUGAAGCAAAUUCGGGACGUCAGCGUGGACGUCAUGUAAGAAAGAAGUAGGAAACCUGUUAUUUUGUCGUCACGUUUUUUGUAUUCGCUAACUAAUUAUAAAGGCCAUCCCAACAGGAAAGGCUUGCGAAGCGAGAGGCUAGAGGACUUGAAUAUCAACGGGAAUCAAUAAGUAAUACGGGUGAUGGUGAAGAGCACCAAACUGGAGGAGAACUUGUUGCCGAAACAACUGAAGCCAGAGGCCUGACGAAGAGCAAUUCUAAUGAUGGUGCUGAGUUUACAGAUUACAAAUCGGAUGGGAAAAUGAAUAUGAAGGUAGAAGGUGGCAGUAGAUCACAAAGCAUAAGUAUAUUCCCCUCCUCUCUAUCUCAGCUACUUCUAUCGGCAAUAAUUGAGCGGGGCAGACACCACCACGAGAACUAUCUAAUCUAACUUUACAGAUGUAGACAACUUCGAGUCCCAACCACAAGUUCAAUCCUUCAUUGCAGAUAUGGCAGCGCUAGCUCAACACCAGGAUACAGUCAUGGAAGGAGAUGAUCCAGGGGCAGUUUUCGAUCUGAUAACUGGAAAUACUUGGGAGGCAGCUAUUGAUUUGACGUAUGAUUAAGGAAAGUAGGUUGAAAUUCAUAGUGAUUCGGACACAGGAAUUUAGCAUAAAAGUUUCUUUACCUGGAUAUCACAUCAUUGCAUAGAUCAGGUAGUCAGCAUGG